GUAUCAUCAAACUGUGACACAUACUUUUUUUAGAUACAGAGGUGUGGUGUAAAUAGAGUAAAGAAUUUGUCGAAAGUUUUCAUUAUUUUUCUUUUUGUUUUUGACAAAAAAAUUUUUGUUUAUUAUUCAAAAUGACCGGACGCUUGCCAGCUUGUGUUAUUGAUGUUGGAACUGGUUAUACAAAAAUUGGGUAUGCUGCAAACAAAGAGCCGCAAUUUAUCAUUCCAUCAGCAAUUGCUGUGCGUGAAUCGGCUCGAGUUGGUGAGCAAACACUUCGUCGUGGUGCAAAAGGUGCCGAUGAUUUGGAUUUUUUCAUCGGCGAUGAAGCAUUCGAUGCCACCGGCUAUGCCAUUAAAUAUCCAGUGCGUCAUGGUCUAGUUGAAGAUUGGGAUUUAAUGGAGCGUUUUUUGGAGCAAUGCAUUUUUAAGUAUUUACGCGCCGAACCCGAAGAUCAUCAUUUUUUAUUGACCGAACCACCGCUAAAUACACCGGAAAAUCGUGAAUACACCGCUGAAAUUAUGUUCGAAACAUUUAAUGUGCCCGGCUUAUAUAUUGCUGUACAAGCAGUUUUAUCGUUGGCCGCAAGUUGGGCAUCACGUCCAAUAAACGAACGUACAUUGACCGGAAUUGUUGUUGAUAGUGGUGACGGUGUUACGCACGUUAUUCCAGUUGCCGAAGGAUAUGUUAUUGGCUCAUGCAUAAAACACAUUCCAAUCGCUGGCCGAAAUAUUACUUCAUUCAUUCAGAGUAUUUUACGUGAUCGUGAAUUAAACAUUCCGCCCGAACAGAGUUUGGAAACGGCAAAGGCGAUCAAAGAGCGUUAUAGCUAUAUUUGCCCAGAUAUUGCCAAAGAGUUCGCCAAAUAUGAUAGCGAACCAAACAAAUGGAUUCGUCAAUAUGAGGGCAUCAAUGCCAUCACGAAAAGACCAUUUAACGUUGAUGUUGGCUACGAACGCUUUUUAGGGCCGGAAAUUUUCUUCCAUCCGGAAUUUUCGAACCCCGAUUUUACAACGCCGAUCAAUGAAAUCGUUGACAAUGUCAUUCAAAAUUGUCCAAUCGAUGUUCGACGUCCAUUGUACAAUAAUAUCGUGUUGAGCGGUGGUUCAACAAUGUUCAAAGACUUUGGAAAACGUUUGCAACGUGAUAUUAAACGGUCGGUUGACGCUCGCUUAAGAUUGAGCGAAAGUUUAAGUGAUGGACGCAUUAAACCAAAGCCAAUUGACGUUCAAGUUAUUUCACAUCAUAUGCAACGAUAUGCUGUUUGGUUUGGAGGUAGCAUGCUUGCAUCCACUCCGGAAUUCUAUCAAGUUUGUCAUACAAAAGCAGCGUAUGAAGAAUAUGGUCCUGGAAUAUGCAGACACAAUCCGGUUUUUGGAACAAUGACAUAAAAAGAACCAAGCAAAAAAA